CUACAUAGUACAAUUUUAAACUCCGACCGUUACACCCGCUUUCACGGUACCAAAUAUUAAUACACUGUACCACCUUUCGCUUUUUGACUUGUCACUGUGCCAGCGGUACCAUGCCAGCCCAAUAUCAGGCCCUCUCAGCCAACGAUCCCGCUGAAAUAGAAGCUAAUCCACAACUGCAGUCUCAAAUCAAGCAAUUCCAUGCAGAUCCCCGUUUUAACCGCCCCACGCCUUCGCUCUGGAAGCGCAUUACACUCCUUCUUGUGACUGCGUUCCUUUUCUGGGCUGCAUUUAAGUUGCAGUCCCAUAGAUCCCAAACCAAGAUCAUUCAUGCUGAAAGGUACUCGAAGGAUUUCAAAUACCGCCCAGCAGCGAGUCCUGUAAUUACGGAGCGACUCAAAGAUGGUGUAGUCCGCCUUCGCGGGGCAUAUUUCUAGACGUAGGGGUAUCGUUCAGGUAGAUUUCACACCAUCGCAGUACUUUCGUAAUUGAGCUCACCUUUCACGAGAACAUGGUUUCAGUCCAGUGAUCGUAUUUCUUAGAUACCACUAUCACUUCCGAGCUCUAGCCUCGUCGUACUUAUUGCCGUUCGUUCCUUUGACCUAAUAACUACACUCGUUAUCCAGAGCUGUGGAUUCCCCGCGUCCUAGUGGAUGUGUGUAUCCCUCAGCCCUG